AUGUCGGUUCACGUUUUGCCCGGUCCACAGGCUUUGUCACCUUUCAGAGUGGAUAACUUGGUGAAGGGCAUCGAGGCCUAUUGUAACAGUUCGUCUUUGAUUUUAGAAGUCCGCUCUUGUUACAUUCAUUUUGUUGAUGCUAGCGUCGAAACGAUAUCAGAGAAGGAUCACCAGCUUCUGCAAGUUUUGUUGACUUAUGACCAAAGUUUGGACUCUGAGGAUCCACUUUCGCAGCUUUUGAAGGACAAAUUGAUCAAUAAUGCCAGUUGUCAAAUCGCUAAUGACACUUAUCUGGUCAGAAUCUUGCCUAGAGCUGGUACUAUCUCGCCUUGGUCUUCCAAAGCGACUAACAUUUCGAAUGUUUGCGGGUUGAACGACAAAAUCAACCGUAUUGAGAGGGGUUUGGCCUUACUUAUCAAGACCGUGCCAGGUUUCCCGCUUUUGGACAAUCUCAACGACGUUUCUCUCAAGUCGUGUUACGACCGCAUGACCCAUGAAUUAUUCUUGGACGAACCACCUUUAACUGAGACUCUCUUCAGACACGAAGCGCCUAAGCCUUUAGUUUAUGUCCCGCUUGUCUCUGAUCAGUCCGGUUCUCCUAAGGACAUUUUGAACAAAGCUAAUGUUGACCUGGGCUUGGCGCUUGACAAGGGCGAAAUUGACUACUUAAUCGAUGCGUUUGUGGAGAUCUUACACCGCGACCCAACUGACGUCGAACUAUUUAUGUUCGCACAAGUCAACUCGGAACAUUGUCGUCAUAAAAUCUUCAACGCCGAUUGGACCAUCGACGGUCUGCAAAAAAAACUUUCCCUUUUCAAAAUGAUCAAAAACACGCAUCAACAUUGUCCUGAGUUCACCAUCAGUGCUUAUUCCGAUAAUUCUGCAGUUCUUGACACCGAGAACGAAGCUUUCUUCUUUGCACCAGAUUUCAAAACCAAGCAAUGGACUGCAACCAAAGAAAAUGUGGCCAUGUUGAUCAAAGUCGAAACUCACAACCACCCAACCGCGGUGUCUCCAUUUCCAGGUGCCGCAACCGGCUCUGGUGGUGAAAUUAGAGAUGAAGGCGCCACUGGUAGAGGUUCCAAAUCCAAGUGUGGUCUCAGUGGAUUCUCUGUCAGUGAUUUAUUGAUUCCAGGCUACAAGCAACCAUGGGAACUCGACGUUGGUAAGCCUAAUCAUAUCGCUUCCGCUUUGGAUAUCAUGAUUGAAGCCCCUCUUGGGUCUGCUGCGUUCAACAAUGAAUUCGGGAGACCUUGUAUCAACGGAUACUUCAGAACUUUGACAACGGAAGUGAACACCUCCGAAAACCAAAAGGAACUAAGAGGUUUUCACAAGCCCGUCAUGAUUGCUGGUGGUUUUGGCGCUGUUAGACCUCGAUUUGCUCUCAAAGAUACUCCAAUUACCCCUGGGUCUUGUUUGAUUGUUCUGGGCGGAGAAUCAAUGUUGAUCGGCCUCGGAGGUGGUGCAGCUUCAUCGGUUAAUUCUGGAGAAGGUUCGGCAGACUUGGAUUUUGCUUCAGUACAGAGAGGUAAUCCUGAGAUGGAGCGUCGUUGUCAACAGGUUAUCGAUGCUUGCAUCUCGCUGGGAUCUUCGAACCCAAUUCUAUCCAUUCAUGACGUGGGUGCUGGAGGUCUAUCCAAUGCUUUACCAGAGCUUGUACACGAUAGCAACUUGGGUGCCAAGUUCGACAUAAGAAAAGUCCUUUCUCUUGAGCCAGGAAUGUCUCCAAUGGAAAUUUGGUGCAAUGAGUCCCAAGAGCGGUAUGUCUUGGGCGUCUCGCAACAAGAUGUUGCUCUUUUCGAACAGAUUUGUCAAAGAGAAAGGGCACCUUAUGCUAUCGUUGGUCACGCAACGGCCGAGCAAAGACUUGUUGUACAAGACUCUUUGCUAGGCACUACACCUAUCGAUCUCGAAAUGUCUAUUCUAUUUGGAAAACCUCCUAAGAUGUCCAAAACCGCUUUAACACGACCACUAAGUUUAGCGGCCCCGGACUUGGCGGUUGUUCCAUCUGUUGGAGAGGCCGUCGAUAGAGUUUUACGCUUGCCAUCGGUUGGCUCAAAGUCUUUCUUGAUCACAAUUGGUGACAGAACAGUUACAGGUCUUAUUGACAGAGACCAGUUCGUGGGACCUUGGCAAGUUCCUGUCGCCGAUGUCGGCGUUACAGGCACCGCUCUUGGUGAAGGGAUUUGCCAGACCGGUGAGGCUUUAGCUAUGGGCGAAAGACCGGUUAACGCUCUUAUUUCUGCUGCUGCAUCUGCAAAGCUCUGUGUUGCAGAAUCUUUGCUCAACUUGGUAGCUGCAGACGUCAAGUCUUUGAAGCACGUCAAGCUCUCUGCCAAUUGGAUGUCACCAGCAUCUCACCAAGGUGAAGGUUCUAAACUAUAUGAGGCUGUUCAGGCAAUCGGUAUGGACCUAUGCCCCGCCCUCGAUAUCGCCAUUCCUGUGGGGAAAGAUUCUAUGUCAAUGAAGAUGAAAUGGGAUGACAAAGAGGUCACUGCUCCAUUGACUUUGAACAUAACUGCCUUUGGGCCUGUUUCUGACACUGCGAAGACGUGGACCCCCGUUUUGAGCAAAAAAGAGGCCUCUGUUCUCGUUCUUGUCGACCUUGCUGCCAAUCACACUAAAUCUUUGGGGGGAUCUGCUUUGUUGCAGGUAUACAAGCAAGUGGGUAACACCUCUCCAACGGUGCACGACAAUGCUCUAUUGAAAGCACUACUAAACUCCAUUUUGGAACUGCAUAAAACAGACUUGGUCCAGGCCUACCAUGAUCGGUCUGACGGUGGAUUGAUCGUAACAUUACUUGAAAUGGCAUUUGCUUCCAGAUGUGGUCUAAACAUCACAGUUGGCGCAAACUCUGAAGGUAGUGAUUUGGUCUCUCUUUUCAAUGAAGAACUUGGAUGUGUUUUCCAAGUCUUCGAGUCGACGUUCGAUGAGUUCAAAAAGGUCUUAACCCAGAACGGUAUCCCAUCCGAGUUUGUGUCGAUCGUUGGUAAGCCAGUAUUUGAUUCUCAGAAGAUUACCGUAAAGACAACCUCCGCAAGUACCAUCUUUGAAAGCACCAGAGGUGCUCUUGAAAAGACUUGGGCUACUACAUCAUAUCAACUACAAAAACUAAGAGAUAACCCCAAGGCCGCUGAAGAGGAAUUCGCCUCUAUCACCGAUGAUAAGGAUCCUGGUCUCUACUAUUCGCUAACUUUCGACCCCGUCGACAAUCUUAACUUAGCCAAGCUCUCUGGAUCAAGGCCUAAAGUGGCGAUUUUGAGAGAACAAGGUGUUAAUGGGCAGAUGGAAAUGGCCUGGUGUUUCCAACAGGCUGGGUUUACUGCAGUGGAUGUCACAAUGACAGACCUCCUCACCGGACGCUUUUCUUUGGAUGAGUUCGUAGGAUUAGCCGCCUGUGGUGGAUUCUCUUACGGUGACGUCCUAGGAGCUGGUGCCGGGUGGGCUAAAUCUGUCUUGUACCAUGAAGGUGUGCGCCAGCAAUUUGUCAGAUUCUUUCAAGAAAGAGAGGAUACAUUUGCGUUCGGAGCUUGUAACGGAUGUCAGUUUUUGAGUAGACUCAAAGAAAUCAUUCCUGGGUGCGAAAACUGGCCAAGUUUUGAAAGAAAUGCAAGUGAACAGUACGAGGCCCGUGUCUGUAUGGUUGAGAUUGUGAAAGACGCCGAAAGUGAUAGUGUGUUUUUCAACAACAUGGUGGGAUCUCAAUUACCAAUCGCUGUUGCGCACGGUGAGGGAAGGGCCAGCUUCUCCUCUUCCGAACAAAUGACUGCUUUCGAGAAGCAAGGGCUUACCGGCGUGAGAUAUGUGGAUAAUUAUGGCAAUGCCACCCAGAAAUACCCUUUCAACCCUAAUGGAGCCACCAAUGCUAUCGCAGGUGUCAUAUCUCCUAACGGAAGGGUUCUAGCGAUGAUGCCUCAUCCUGAAAGAGUAUGUCGACUAGAGGCCAACUCGUGGUAUCCAGCCGAGAAAUACGACGAAUGGCAAGGUUACGGCCCUUGGAUCAGAAUGUUCAAAUCCGUUAGAAGCUGGGUCGGUUAG